AUGCGGCAGAUGAAACCUGCCGUUCGGAGUCCCUUUGACUGUAUCGCUCCUCCGACGCCUGACGGAACAUUGACGUACGAGGGUCAGGAGGCAGUAGCCAGGUACACUUGUCUCAGUGAACACUACGGCAUCUGUGACGGUAACGACGUCAGCAGAUGCAGGAACAACGACAUCUGGACCGCGCCUCCUGGGAAGUGUGGACGUAUGGUGUGGAAGAUUCGAGAAGAUGAGCUGUUUGUAAACGGGAAGAAAACCGCCCAGCAUGACGCUGCUCUGACCCCAUUCUCCGGGGUCCUCACCCUGUCUCUAUACGGACUGGUGCGACUCACAGAGGCCAGAAUCUACCCCGACAACACCAGCACCACCUUCCCUCACAUCCUCUCCGUCGACACCUUCAUCUGCAACAUCUUCACCGUCUACACGGUCAACGACGGCUACGUCUUCAGCCACGUCAACACAGUCAACGGCUGCAUCAACGUCUUCUGCCACGACUGUGACCGGCUGGAGCCCCUUCUCCUGUCCCAAUCCCCCCCCCUGCUGGACAAGGCCAUGGUGGAUGUCCACUACUCGCAGACCGCGGCUGUGGCGGUGUACUCCUGUGACGACAGCUACUUCGGCGGCUGUGACGACAACAACGUACUCUACUGCACCAGUGACAAGGGCUGGGAGGGUCAACCCAGGACCUGCAUCAGGGUGGACUCGGGAACGGAUGAGACGGUUGGCUCAGUGGACAUUCCAUGCCAACUUAAACUGGGAUUUGCUCAUGAAGUGUGGGUUGAACCUAAAAAGAGCGGAUCGUUUGUUGCCUUCAUGUCCGGCAAUGACACGGCUCUAAGGAUGACCUUUCACUGGCCACAGUCCGGCUCCUACAUCACCUACUCUUAUGAAGUCGAUGGGAAUGCUACCACUCUACCCGCAGAAUCACCCCUGUCGUUCAAGGGUCGAAGCGUGGUACAUAUCGUCCUGGUCUACAAGCCGAAGAGUCUUCAGAUUCUGGUUAACAAGGAGACUGUGUCUGUCCCCCUCCACGUACCAGCACCACUAAUUGACAGAAUCGUUGUGGAUGGUGACAGUCUGUCCAUCAAGAAGGUCAGGCUCAAUCAAGACUGGCGGCAAGCUCCAGCAAAAGUUGAGAGAAGUACCUGGUCCCCUAAAGACUGCCCCUUCCCCCCUCUGCUGGAGAACAUGGCGGUUCAAAUAUCCCACACACUGGAGGAGGCAGUGGCUACCUACGUCUGUGACGACGGCUACGGAAUGUGUAGUGGCGACAACGUCGUACGUUGUAACGGCAGUUCCGGAUGGCGGGGACAACCUCAGCCGUGUGAACCCAUGGCGUUUGGCUCGAUGACCAAGUAUGACUUCACGUGUCCUCUCAAACUCGGUAUGAGUCUUCAUCUUCGGACAACACCUGACUGGGUACAAUCCAAGCCUACGGUGUCUCUGCAAACAAGGCAAACGAUUACGGCAAUGGGUAUCAGUCUGGAUCUGAACACACCCGGGGUGCUUUAUUUUGAAGAGGACGGUAAACCACAGCAACCACUUGAUAUGGAUUUCCCAGCAAUCACAAAGGACACUGAAUACCAUGUUGUAUUCACCUUGUUGAGCGACUAUAUUCAGGUAGAGAUUGACGACCUGCUUAUCACAAGGUUUCCUCACAACUAUCCAAUACAAGAACUAGGUGUUCUGGCGACGGACGGAUUUAGGAACAGAAAAGUUUCGGUCGUCAUGAACAGCGAUGUGCGGAAAGAAUCAGUCAGCACAAACCUUGCGUUGAACAAACCCGCCACAUCCAGCUCGAACAAAGAUGGCUCCCAGCCUGGCUGGCUCGUGGACGGCAACUCCUCCCCGAUCUGGAGCGACAACACCUGCUGGUCCCACACCGCAGCCGACUUCAACGUGUACUGGGAGGUGGACUUACAAGGCUACUACUACGUCGACAGUGUCGUCAUCACAACCGUCAACUGUACCGGUCUUUGUUCUACUAGGUCACAUGACUUUGAGAUCACAGUGAGGUCAGACAAGGAAGAGGUCUGUCACAUGUACAAUGGCGCUAUGCCAGAUGGAGGUACCCAGAGACUAGCAUGUAACAAGGAGGUGUUGGGGAGAUACGUCAGAAUUACACCCAAAGCCAGACAGGACUUCACCGAUCUACUGACGUUUUGUGAAGUGGAAGUUUACGGAAGUAGAUUUUCCCUUAAACAGUGGUCGCCCUUUGAUUGCGGUGCCCCACCUGUCCCUAAGAACAGCUUGAUGACCUUGACCUACUCCGACGCCGACGCCAUCGCUACAUUUACGUGCAACGCCAACUCCAUGCCUUGUGGUGACGUCACUACCGGGGUCAUGAGGUGUUCCAGGGGUCAAGUGUGGACGGGUGCCACCAUCACGUGUUCCACAUCGUUGUACGAAUACGACGAAAGAGAUAAUGUGUUGGAAUUUCUGUUCGGCUGUCCACUAAACAUAUUCUCCUCCGUUGAGAUCUGGACAACGCCUCGGUCUGCGGACGUGAAGAUGACUCUCCUGACUGACAACAACAGCACAGCAAUGGAGCUUGUCAUGGAUUCAACCACUGAUACACAGCCCUUCGCCUACAUUCGUCAUCAUGGAGAGAACCAUCGUCUCCUGACCCUCCCGUUUGCUCCACAUCAGCCAGCUCACAUUGUAUUAACAAUCCUCCCGGAAAGUAUAUUGCUUGAUAUAAACGGACAGACGAUAGCGGCAAUUGGCCACGUAUUCGAUACUCUGAAGGCUGAACGUCUUCUGUUUACAAACCUACCUCUGAGGAAGCUGAAACUUAGCAAAGGAGAUCUGAGUGGAAUGGAAAGAGAAGCCAUCAGCGGCAAUGUUGCACUUCUGAAGCCGGCCAAAGGGUCUUCAACUUCUGGCAGCCCUGUUGGAAGACUGGUGGACGGCCACCCCUCAGCUACAUCCACCAGCACGACGUGUUGGCAGGUGUCCACCCAGGACCCCAACCCAUGGUGGCAGGUGGACCUACAGAGCUACUACUACAUCGACAGGGUGGCCGUCACACACAAUAAGAGGUGUGCAGGCUGCGAGAAGUUUCUCCAUGAUUUCGAGGUGGAGGUGCUGCUUCACGACCCCACACUCUACCCUGCCACACCCUCCAAGACCUGCUACUCCUACCCUGGUCAGUUUCCCCACGGUAAACGUCUGAUGCUAGACUGUCUGCCUGGCGUCUUUGGUCGCUAUGUCAGGAUUGGUAGCAUGAAGAAACUGGCUGCCAGUGACUCAAUGACGAUGUGUGAAGUGGAGGUGUUUGUGUCAAAAGCAACAAAACAAGGAGUUGUUACCGACUGGUCCCCAUUCGACUGCCCCCACCCACCUCUUCCCGGGGGUGCCUCUGUCCAGGUGUCCCACUCGGCCACGUCGGCAACAGCGACCUACCAGUGUCAGGAAGGGUUUGCCCUGUGUAGCGGGAGGACCUCCAUCAGGUGUAAUUCCAGCUCAGGCUGGACAGAUGCCGACAUCAUCUGUAAACAGGCUGUCUUUGAACGUAUGUCGGUGGUAGAACUUGAUUGUCACAUCCGGUUGGGUGACUCUCUGGAACUAUGGGUAACACCCUCUCCACAACAACCGCAAAUAUAUUUUCUGGAUGGGUUCAGAGCUAACGGAAUUGUCUUGGAAUAUUUACCAUCUACUAAUGGUCUGGAGGCUUAUACGUUUAAAGAAAACGCCGUCAUAGGAAAUGCCGUACCGGCAAGCGACGUGACCUCCCUCAAGUCGGAUACGGAAUGGCACGUGGUGCUCACGAUACUCCCGGACCAUCUGUAUAUAUCUGUCAACGAUCGCGGCGUUUUGGCAUUACCCAACAUGAUAGACCCGAGGACCAUACAUUCUGUAUCAGGGACUGACCUCAACUUCAUCAUCAGGAGACUCGUUUGGACGAGAGGAACCGAUGUCAUUAAACGACGGGGCCCUUUCGACUGUGCAUUGCCACCACCGACAUUUGGAGGAGCGAACGUGACGGUAGAAACUACGGGACGGUCGCUAGUGGCCAGAUACAGGUGUGGUAGGGGCACGGCUCAGUGUGGGGAAUCCCCGCCAUCUAGCACUUGCCUCGGCGGGAUCUGGCAGACGGUGGAUGGAAUGUGUUUCCUGACAACAUUCAAUAACCCUGAUAUAACCAAGGAGAAUGUUAUCCAAAUGGGAUGUCCCCCUGUGUAUUCAACGAAGAUCCACGUAUUUGCGACACCCACUAUGGCUCAAGAGAUUGAGAUACAUAUUGUCAACACUGCCACCACCAGACACACGCCCGUCAUGACAGCCAGGGUCAUCUUCGCCAGUGGUCAGUACAUCAACACCUUCGUGCUGUCCAGCAACGUGACCGGCGAUGUCAUCGUCGACUCCUUCCCGUUCAACGUGGGUCAAGAGUUUCACAUGGUCAUCACGUAUCUGGUCAAGAGCUUCCGUGUGAGUGUUGACGGUAAAGACUUGAAAGACGUGCAGGUCGGUGUAGAGGGAGAUUUUGUCCCUGCUGUGUCCAUGAAAGGACCAAUGGCUGUCCGGACUGUCGAGUUCCAGAUGUCCGAUAAUGCCCUCGCCUAUAACGACCAACCUUUGAAACCGGACACAGAUAACACAUGGGUGACCUUACCCUUGAGUGGUUCUGAGCGGACGAAAUUAUUCCUGGUAAAGUCAUGCACAGAGGUCACUGUCGACAUCAAAGGGGAUACAGACACGGGGUCAAAUGUCCAGUUUACCCUCGGGGCAAGGAAGAAUACAAUGACAGACUGUACGAUAUGUGAAACGAAACUGACGAAGUGGCACAGUCCCCUGUCUUGUGACGACUAUAGGCCUUUCUGGUUGAAUUGGGGCACUGGUGGCGAGAUGCGCGUUGGAGCCGGCUACGUCAUCGGUCGCGACUUCAUAACGAGUUCGGCGUGGCCGUCGACCGUUAACGUAAAGAGGAUACGGAUCAGCGCCAACGCCAACGUAAAAGACGUUGGGAAUCUCGCCCGGUGCACCAGACCAGACCCGCCGCCAUACAACAUGGCUAUAGACGAGUACAGCACUGGGGGCGAUACAACAACUAAGUACAGAUGUACUGACGAGAAGUAUGUGUUCUGCGGCGAGGACAGUGUGUCUCGGUGUGACGCUGCCGGCCAAGUUAAAAACCAAGUAAAAGGCGAAUGUCGACAAAUGACAUGGAUGCCACAGUCGCCGUUGAAUGGGUUCUCCUGGCCUUGCCAGAGACGAGUUGGGUCCACGGUCUCCUUGUAUCUGACAAUGAAGACACACAUCUACCUCAGCAUGAUGAAUGAUCAAGUCAAUCACUUGACGUUAAAUGUGGACCCCGCCCUUCCACGGCUGACCAUGGGUAGCACAGCGCUGGGAGGGGUAGGAUCUGUCCCAGUUAACCCCUUCCCUCUCCCGGUCAAUAAGAGGUUCCACCUGACUAUCACCAUCCUGGAACAACAUUUUGAGGUCCGGGUAGACGGGACGUCCGUGGCUACGUUUCCUCAUUUCGCCAACUACACUUCCAUCAGCGAAUUGAUAGUCGAGGCUCCCAAUGUCGACGUCGUUCAUAUUUUCACACCAGGACGUUACACAGACUGCGCAAACGCCACAGUACCCAAUGCCAAGGUCAUCUCCGACGAGACGUCAAUGGGAGCUGAAGGCAACGUGCAAUGUAACGUCGAAUACCGUCACUGUGGGUCUAACACCAAGGUCACGUGCUGGAGUGAUGGCACAUGGAAGUUCUACAGACCUGAGAAAUGCGAACGCUACCAAUGGACCAGCCUUGCCCCUCUCGGCAAGGAGACACUCUUCCCAAUCCCCUGUGUCCUGAAUACCGGGGAUGUCGUUGUACUGCAGGCCACGUUGUCGCGGGCAACGGACGUGUUCAAAAUGGCACUGGUAGCUGGUCCAGAGGCAGUGGUUCUCAUCACCUAUGACCAAUUGCGGAACUCAAUGAUCAUUAGCAACGUCCUGGGCGGCACAGCACUGAAGACACAGGAUGUCGCGAAUCACGGGAUUACUCCCGUGGCAUUCAGAUUGAGUAUAAAAGUGUUGAAAGACUCCUACAUGAUAUAUGUCGGCGGAAAGAUGGUGUCGGACUUCCCGUCAACGUCCCCGUCCCUGCGAGUAACACACAUCUCUGUGUCGUCGGGAACAGCGAUCAGGUCCCUCGAAGUGACCACAACACCAACGUAAUGGUCAGUGAGUGCGUUUAGUUUUUACGCCGUUUUUAGCAAUAUUCCAGCAUUAUCACGGCGGGGACGCCCGAAAUGGGCUUCAUGCAUUUUCAACACGUGGGGAAAUCGCACCCUGGUCAUCGGUGUGACGAGCGAACGCUGAAACCUAUCGCCUACCGCAUCGCCCCAAAUGAUCAGGAAACAUGCGAAAACGCGUCGCCACACACCUCAGUGUGUAUUUAAUGUACAUUGGGAAACCUUUUUAAUCCGGAUCCAUUCUGACCGAAACCAUCUCCUCCAUCUACUAACAAUUCGGAACGGUUGAAAGUGCAAAUACUAUAGUAAUUGUAGUCGGCUUAUCGUACACUCGUUCACCUGAACUCACUGUAGGUAUUGUACAAAAAUGUAUCAUCUUGCAUAAUCGUGGGGCCAUACAGCGCUUUGUGGCAUCUAAACAACCGCUGAUAUCAUAUGUCUCGUGGGCCGAUGAUUGACAGUUGUUGUAUAUUAUAUGACUAUAUCAGUAGGUUUUGGCGUGUUGUAAAUGAGUUGUCAAAUAUAUAGGAGUAAAUAAUCAGAGUCCUUAUUCUCGAAACGUUCGUAGCCCUAAGAAUUCUGAACUUUGAUCGUAGCCAAUGUGUUAAGAAUGGGCUUAAGAAGUUCGUAGGGCUACGAACGUUUCGAGAACAGCUAGCCAGGUCUUUAUGAGAGAACAAUUUGUGAAUGUUAUUCUUUGUGUCGAACCGAGAAGCAAGUCAAAACACUGAUUACAAAACAGUCUCAUUUCCUGCUGACUGGGAUACCUCCUAUUGCACAAUAGUACAAUAACCAGUCCAGAAUUUUGAGACCAUCUCAUUCAACUGGAUAUAUAAAUAUUAAUCAGUAUUAUUUGAUACAUCUAAUCACUUGUAUAUUGGACCCUACUCUCCUUCUAAUCCUUGCAAACACGUCGUACAGCGAGUACAAACGGAAAUCUGGAAGUCGUGGAAAUCUCAACACGUGGCCCGGCCGCUAUAUAGGUUUGGAGGUCUGGUACGGACUUGAUAUUAUAUCUGUCACACUGUACGUUACAAAAAUGCGCUGAAUAAGCGCAAAGAACACAUAACAGGUGUAACCAGUGAGCCAGUGAAUCAUUGUACGACCUUCUCAAACAGGGUCAGUCUGUGACGUCUUAAUUAACGACAUCCUGCCUACACCUCGACAUAAAUGAUAGAAAUACGACUUUCUAGACUUUGAAAUUAAAAUUAAUUUGUAAAUACCAUGUUUUUAUGAAACAAAGAAUUGGAAUUAGUGUAAAAAUAGUUGUUUGUAUUGUCUCUUUUUAUUUUCACACGAGAAAAUUCGGAUCGGCUGAAAAGUAGGUCAUUUUCUGAAUAGAUUAAUGAGACUGAUGUUCCGGUUUGCGUCUCUUCUUUGCAGUGAAUGUUUAAGACUCUUCUGUAGAAGACAGUGUUUUAGUUUUACUUGUGGGUAUUAUCUAUCAUAUUGUAGUUGUAGAUGAACAUAUUGUCAGUUCUUUGUUCAAUUAUUGUUUGUUAAUUAAAUUAUCUGUUUCUUCUUUGUGUCGACAUGGUCUAUCUUCGUUGUUGUCAAUGAAGCAUGUCAGUUCUUUUAAGUCGAUCGUCUUGUUUUCUGUAUUCCGUUCUCAUCGUAUCCCAAAUGAGUAGAUCGAUGCUCAUGAUGUUGAUCACUGGAUUGGCUGGUCCUAACGUGAUUAUUUACAGACCGCCACCACAUAGCUGGAAUAUUGCUGGGUGCGGCAUACAACUAAACUCACUCACUCACUGUAUUCCUUUCUAGACGAAUAGGUUGUCAGGUAUUCUUUUGUAUUUGGUCAGUUUGUGUUUAUAAUGUCUGGUUUGUGGGUAUUAUUGUUUGGUCUUUUUAGGCCAGUUAAAACAAAACUAUUCAAGACCCACGAUCUGAUGUCUGUAUUUAAUGCUUGGCAAAAACCUACUCUUUGUACGUUUACCCGAACAGCGGUGAAUAGACAUGAGGUAACAAUCGAAUGAUAUGACGUCAUAAACAACAGAUUACAUUCAUGAGGACAUUCCACUAGGGCGUCGACCACUGAGGAAGCGAUAGUAUUUAGCGUCUUUAUAUUAUGUUUGGCAACUUCAUAUUCCAGCUGCGAAUCCCAUCCAUAGUGUUAAACCAGAAUGAGACCGGCCAGUAAAACCUGUUCAAUUUUAUUUUCAAAUGUACGUCACAGCCUGCAUGCGUAAUGAAACGUGAUGAAAUAUGUCUGUGAAUGCUUCUAUUACAUUAUGAAUAAAUAUUUCCAUAAUUA